UGGACUUCGUCAGAUCUCGAUGCUCAAUCCGGAGCGAGCAAGUAGGAAGCCAAAACCUCUAGGCUGCUCUCAAUCCCAACAAUCUCGUCGCUCGCCCCUUCUGCCCUUCUCUUCUGCUCGCCGUUCGUUUCUAUCGUCACCGCUGUAACUGCCAUCGCGCGAUUCAUGCGGGAAGCUCUUUGCUGAGGCAUUUUACAGUCCCAUUCAGGUUAUGAUGGGUUAUUGAGCCUAACCCCAUUGCCCAAAGAGAUGGGUAGAAAGAAAUCCCACCCAAUUAGGUCUGGAGGGAAACUAUCUGAAGUCUGUUCCCCUAGCUGUAAUGAAGCACACAAUUCGAAUAAUGUUAAGACAAGCAAACAAGUAGGUGUAGAAGAUGACAAGGAACAUUCCGAAUUUAGCCAACCUAUUUAUAUUGAUAUAGAUUGCAAUAAUCAGGGUUCCACAGAACAUGUUGAUAUAGCUGAAGUGAUUCUAAAUUCUGUUAACAAGGCUGGUGAAAUAAUUGAUUAUGGAUUGAUCAAAGCUAGGUUGAAUAAGUUAAAGUUUUCUCUACGAUUUCAUCUAUGCAAUGUGAAGAGGAGUAGCUUUCGAUUAGGCCAGUGGCCUGUAUUAUCAGCAGUCAAUAGUAUCUUUUUAGAGUCUCUCUUUUUAGAAGAUCACUGUACAGAGGAUGGAAGAAACCGGUCCAUCUUAUUAUCCGGUACUUUUGAUGGGUCUGAUGAGGGUGUCUCAGGUCUUGUCCACUUAGUGAGCCUGGGGUUCCUGAGUUUAAGGCUCAUUCAUGUUGUUGAAGAUUUUGAGAAAGCUCCUUCCUUAAUUUUUAGGAUAGAAGUUCUGAAAAAUGCUUUUGAUGCAUCCGAUUCCCUCUUAGAAACAGUGAGGCAGCCAUGGAGAAAGAGUAUGAUGAAUGCUAUGGCCUGGUUACGCCCUGAGUUUACAACUUUAGAAGCUAUAUAUGGAAUAAAAGACCCUUCUUUCCCAGUGGAUCAAGCUGUUACCAACAACCAAAGCAAGUAUACACAGUUUGAUGUUGCUGAAUUUUUUGAAGCCAUUAAGAGGUCAAGGGAGGAACCUAUGUUGGAUGAAGAACUUCCUGACUUGCUUCCUCGUUUAAGGCCUUACCAGCGUCGUGCAGCAUAUUGGAUGGUCCAGAGAGAGAAGGAAGCCACAACUUUAGGCGAGAAAGUAGCUGUUCAGCUAUCUGCUCCAUAUUCUGUGCCAAUUAGUUUUGUUGAUCAAAGUCCUAAAAUGUUCUACAAUCCAUUCAACGGAAGUAUUUCUAUGCGUCCAAGCUCAUCAACGUAUGUUUCUGGUGGGAUCUUAGCUGAUGAGAUGGGUUUGGGAAAGACUGUUGAGUUGUUGGCUUGCAUCUUGGCCCAUCGUAGACCAUCCAUGGAAGCAGGUUAUGCCUACCAAAAUUACUCUCGUUCUAACAAAAUGGAACCCAAGAUAAAAAGACAAAAAAGAGAACGUGUUGAGUGUAUUUGUGGAGCUGCCAGUGAAAGCUCAAAAUAUACAGGAUUAUGGGUGCAAUGUGAUUUCUGUGAUGCUUGGCAACACGCCAAGUGUGUUGGAUACUUCCCUAAGAAGAACUGUUUGACUUCACAUGAAAAUGACUCCAAAGAUGGUGUUGUAAACGGUUUGUCCAAAUCAAAGCGUAGUAGGAAGUACAAAGAUACUAGCAUCAAAACAGAAACUGAUGAAGAUUACAUAUGCUCUCUGUGUUCAGAGCUUAUUCAAGCAGCCAAAAUUGACACAUGCAGUAGUGCAACUCUUAUAGUAUGCCCAGCACCUAUAUUGGCUCAGUGGGAAUCAGAGAUACUGCGUCAUACAAGGUCUGGAUCUCUUAAAAUCUGCAAUUAUGAAGGUGCAAGGAACUUAGAUUCUUCGAUUACUUCAAGAACAGAUAUGAUGGAACUGGCUAAUGCAGACAUUGUUCUGACAACCUAUGAUGUAUUAAAAGAAGACUUGUCACAUGAUUCUGAUAGGCAUGAUGGUGAUCGUCACUUUUUAAGAUUCAAAAAGAGGUAUCCUGUUGUCCCUACUCCACUUACAAGGAUUACUUGGUGGAGGCUGUGCUUGGAUGAAGCACAGAUGGUGGAGUGCCACCAAACUUCUGUGACAGAGAUGGCAAUGCGUCUGCAUGCACAACAUCACUGGUGUAUCACAGGAACACCUAUUCAACGGAGGCUUGAUGACAUGUAUGGGCUUCUACGUUUCCUUAGAGCAACUCCUUUUGAUGUCUAUCGGUGGUGGACUGAAAUUGUUAGAGAUCCUUAUGAGAAAAGAGAAGCAGUAGCUAUGCAAUUUGUACACAACUUCUUUAAGCAAAUAAUGUGGCGGUCAUCUAAACUGCAUGUGGCUGAGGAGCUAGAGUUGCCGCCUCAGGAAGAAUGCUUGUCAUGGCUUACUUUCUCAUCAAUCGAAGAACAUUUCUAUAAGAAACAACAUGAAACUUGUGUAACCCAUGCUCAUGAAAUUAUAAAAAACUUGAAGGGUGAUCUUUGUAAAAGAACAUCUAUGCCUGGCAUCGAUGCUUCACGCUGUGACUUCCUCUCACAUAAUGAAGUUGCAAAGCUUGUUGGCCCACUCUUAAAGCUCCGUCAGGCUUGUUGCCAUCCACAAGUGGGAAGCUCUGGUCUCUGCUCAUUGCAACAAAAUCCUUUGACCAUGGAAGAAAUUUUAGACGUUCUUAUUGGAAAAGCCAAAAUCGAAGGAGAAGAAGCUUUACGAAAAGUUGUUAGUGCAUUAAAUGGUCUAGCUGGAUUAGCUGUAAUUGAGGAGGAUGUAAAAAGGGCUGUGUCAUUGUAUAAAGAAGCAUUGGCAUUAGCUGAUGAAAAUUCGCUUGAUUUUCGCUUGGAUCCAUUGUUGAACCUUCACAUUCACCACAACCUGGCUGAAAUAAUCCCUCUCACUUCUGAAUUUUCAGAACAUUGCUUAUCAGCUGGAUCAAACCCUGCUGAUAAUAAUGAAGUGAAGAAAAGGAAAGCACCUUACAUGGACAAGUUUGGGAAGUACUAUGUAAAGAGAGGCAAAACUAAUAUGGACUGCAAACCAGUUUUCACUCGGCAGGAUUCAUCUUUGGAGCAACAUAAUACACACGAUGAUGGCACCUUUAGUCAUUUCUCCUCAGAUAGUAAAAAGACAAGUCCAGAAAGUGAUGCUCCUUGUCAUGUAUCAUCUGGAUGUUAUGCUAUCCCUUGCUUGAGGAAGACGUGUGAAACCAUUAAACAGAAAUACCUAUCUGCCUUUGUUAUGAAGUUGUCCUUGGCCCAGGAAGAAUUCAAAACUUCAUCCAUGCAGGUCUCUAAGAAUUUAAAUGAGCUAGAAAAUCAAAGCAGUUGGUGGUUACAUGCGCUUAAUCUUAUUAAUCAGAACAAGGAAUCAUCAGAGGACCUUAAACGGAAGAUUGAGCAAGCUCUCUCUAGAAAUGCACAAAGUGCAGGAUUAUCGAGAGUUUCAUCAAGGUUUAGAAGCUCAAGUGGAUUAAUGUACAAUAUCCAGACUAGUCUUGAUUCUUUGGGAAGUUCCAGGCAAGAAUUAAUUUGCCGACUAAAAGAAAUUGAUAAAACAAUGACCAAUCCCAAGGACGACGACAUUGAACGUCUUAGAUAUUGUCCAAAUUGUUAUGAUGUUGGCGAUGGCAUUCUAUGCCUCCACUGUGAACUUGAUAAUCUAUUCCAGGUAUAUGAAGCUAGACUCGCUCUUGUGAGGAAAGCAAGCAAUUGUGCGAUGUUUGAAUCAGUAGAAGAAGCUUUGGACAUGCAAAGGCGAAAUUUGGAGUUAAAUCUUUUUUUCCGUAACAAGAAAACUUCAACAGAAGUUGACAAUGGGAAUGGAAAGACUAAGCAACGUCUUGUUAAAGAAUCUAUUCAGGUAUUGAAAGUCCCUUCUGAACUGGAGACUACUCUUAGAGUCAUAAAAAGCCACUCGAAGUCGAUCUUAGGAAAGCAGGGCUUGGAAUCUGCUAAAAAGCACUUGCAUCUUUUUGAGGUUAUGCGCAAGGAAUACACUCAUGCAAGAUCCUUGUCAAGAGCUCAAGCUCAGGUAUUGCGUGCUCAUGAUGAAAUCAAAAUGGCUACCACGAGAUUGAGUCUAAAAGAAACAGAGGAUGAACCUGCUGCUAUAAAUGUGUUAAGUAAAGGAGAAGUGAUUCCAUCUAGCCUGCAAUUAACUAGUGAGAAGUUUAUUUCAUUGUCAUCAUUACAGCGCCUUAAAGGACAACUCCGUUAUCUCAAGGGGAUGGCUUUCGCUAGUCAAAAAAGUCCUCAUCAUUCUGAUUCACUUUCUAUGCCUCAUGAUACAGCUUCUGAUGAAAUUAAAGGAAGAGUGACUCAGACAGAUCAUGAGCCUUGCCCUAUAUGUCAUGAGAAAAUUAUGGAUCAAAAGAUGGUUUUUGAAUGUGGACAUGUCAUUUGUUGCAAAUGUUGUCUUGAAAUGACUGAAUAUGCAGUAGUGCAUUCUGGAAGAAAUCAACGAAAAUGGAUUACAUGUCCUACUUGUCGUCAGCGUACAGACUUCGAGAACAUUGCAUUUGUAGAUGAAAAACAGAAUGGCAGUGAUUUUAGACCCAAUUCUUCUGAACCUAAAGUUGUUUCUGAAAGCAGUAUCACAGUCCAAGGAUCAUAUGGAACUAAGAUCGAAGCAGUUGUAAGAAGAAUAUUAUGGGCAACUUUAAAUGAUCAAGAGGCCAAAAUUCUUGUGUUUUCCAGCUGGAAUGAUGUUCUUGAUGUGUUAGGGCAUGCCUUAGCUGCUAAUAAUAUUACAUUUGUUCGGAUGAAAGGUGGCAGGAAAUCGCAAGUAGCAAUUUCACAAUUUAAAGGACAAGAGAAUUCACGAGGUGAAAAGGCAAAAGGGCAGCUCAUUGCAAAACCUAUCCAAGUCCUCAUGAUGCUUGUUCAACAUGGAGCGAAUGGUCUGAAUCUCUUAGAAGCCCAGCAUGUUAUUCUCAUUGAACCGUUGCUUAAUCCUGCAGCAGAAGCACAGGCAAUCAGCCGCAUCCAUAGAGUCGGGCAGGAUAAGAAGACAUUUAUUCACCGAUUCAUAGUCAAGAACUCUAUAGAGGAGAGUAUAUACAAGCUGAAUAUGUCUAGAGCAGUCAGUUCUGUCAUUAGUGCCAAAGUUAGCAAAAACCAAGAUCAGCCACUUUGGACACUAAAAGAUGUGGAGUCCUUGUUCCCGUUGGCAAGCUCGUCUGAGACGCAUGAAGACGGAAACGAUCGCGCUGCAAGUUUUAGGAAUUUACCACCAGCAGUUGCAGCAGGACUGGCGGCAGAAAGGAGAUUGAUGGAGGCUCAAAACAAUUCGCAAUAACUUUAGGUGCAUUACCUCUUUGACGAUUCCCAUUGAUAAUGAUCCAUGAUCUUGCCAACCAGUAAAGAAAAUGGAGCUGUCUUGUGUUUCUGGGGACCAUUUUCUUUUUGUUUUUUCCAAUUUUCACUGAUUGUGAGAUUUUUGGGAAGUCGUGGUUUCCUAUAAAAACCAAGGAAACCUUGAUCUUGUAUUUAUAUAUGGAGAGAGAAUGAUAGGGGAAACAUUGAUACGAUCAGCCAGUUUGAGGAUGUAAAUGUUAUUGACUUUGACCUUCAGAAUUUAGACUUAAUCUUUAGUGAAAUAUGUUUAACUUUA